AUGGGAGCCAACCGGAUCUUGCAGCUGAUGGUUUCAUUGAGCUCUCUUCUGCUCGUGACUACCUACACUGGUCAACAUAAUCAGAUGCUGGACCUCAGGGGAAACCCCUGGAUCGAGAGCACGGAGAAGUCGAGAAACUCGUUGUUGCGAGGACACCUGUUGGCUCACCUCAGGGGGGGAGCAAAGACGAAACCCACGAAGCCGCGGAGUUGGAAGGAGCAAUCUGUACAUCACCGCCGCAUCCGACAGCGAUCCAUCAAGAAGAAUCGCGGGAAGAACUCUCAGAAAGCUUACCUGAACCCAGCGGCCCUGCGAGCGCUGCAAAAAGCCGAUGACAAAUCACGUUUGAAGCAGCUCGAGAAGAAAGACGCUGAGCGCCGACAAAAGAAGGCCAACCUGGUUGACACCGUCGAGCACAACGUGCGGGUAAGAAGCAUGAAAGUGAAGGAGGAGGCGGACAGGAAGCGCGAAGAGAAGUACCAGACGCUGGAGGAUUACAGCGACUCGAUCGAGCGCGAGCUCGAGGAGCUGCGGCAGAAGAGAGACGAAAACAGAGGCCUGGUGCUGCCUGACUGGCGGGAGGAACACCCCACGUUCUGGAAGGAAGUGGACGAGAUGAACGAGGGAGAGACUGACCUUGACGACCCUGAGAAGGUUUGGAACGCUUACAUCACCACCGGCAACACUUGGAAAGUUGCCGCCUAUAACCGGAUGAUGAUGAACCAGCAAACGUCGGAGAAGCAACUGGUGAUUGGCCAACAGGCGCUCACGACGCAAGGGGAUGGGUCAGGUGGAGGAAUGAUCCUUGCAGCACAGUCGGCACAGGACACCGGACCCAUGGUCUUCCACGAAAUCUCAUCAGAAGAUGUCAGGGAGGCAGAAGCUGAAGAGCGCAGGUUGGAGGAAGCCGAAGCCAAGCAGCUGGAAGAAGCGAAAGCACUGAAAGCGAAACGAAAGAAGGAAAAGAAAGAAAUGGCGAUUGAGAUGCCCGAAGCUUCCCAGAAGAAGUUGACUUAUGCUUAG